ACCAAGCCCCCACAACCUCCUGAGAUUCUUGGGCAGAGGCUGUGCCCCAGGACCCCUCGGGAAGCUGGCUCCAUUCUCUUCCUGAUCUUCGGUGCUGUUGGCCGUGGCAGAAGGAAAGGGCAGGGCAGGACGGGGCAGGACGGAAGCAAACCCUGUAACGUGGGAAGAGGAGGGUGUGUGUGAAGACCCAAGGCGGGAUCCAGGCUUUGGAACGUUGGAGGUUUCCGGCCACAGAGGCAGGGCCUCGGGGGAGCCAAGAGAGGCGGGGAGAGACACACACAAGAGGAGCAGAGACCAACGGACCGAGACAGGAGUUGGGAGGAGAGGGACCAGACAGAAGCUGGAAGAGGCAGGGACCAGGAGGCUGGUGAUCUGCACACGCUCCAGUCCACCGAGACACCAUUCUCCUCCGAGACACCCUUCUGCAGCCUUGGGUGCUCCGAGCCCAGCCUGAUGCAGGCAGCCUGGCUCCUCGGGGCUCUGGUGGUACCCCAGCUCCUCAGCUUCAGUCAUGGGGCUCGGGGAGCCGAGAGGGAGUGGGAGGGGGUCUGGGGUGGCGCCCAGGAGGAGGAGCGGGAGAGGGAGGCCCUCAUGCUCAAGCAUUUACAGGAAGCCCUGGGGCUGCCUGCGCCGAGGGGGGACGAAAAUCCCCAGGGAACCCCUACAGGCAAAGGGGCCCGCGUGACUGAGAACGAUGCUCAGGGGGAAGAGGAAGGAGAGGAGGAACCAACACGAACCCCUUCCUCCAGCCCCAGCCCCUCUCCCACCCCUGAGGACACUGUCACUUAUAUCUUGGGCCGCCUUGCCGGCCUGGACGCAAGCCUGCACCAAGUACACGUCCGUUUGCACGCGUUGGACACCCGCGUGGCCGAGCUGACUCGGGGGCUGCGGCAGCUGCGGGAGGUGGCGGGCGACACCCGCGACGCCUUGCAAACCCUGCAGGAGGCGCAGAGCCGCGCUGAGCGGGAGCACGGCCGCUUAGAGGGCUGCCUGAAGGGGGUGCGCCUUGGCCACAAGUGCUUCCUGCUCUCGCGCGACUUCGAGGCGCAAGCGGCUGCGCAGGCGCGGUGCACAGCACGAGGCGGGAGCCUGGCGCAGCCCGCGGACCGCCAGCAGAUGGAAGUGCUCACCCGCUACCUUCGCUCGGCGCUCGCCCCCUACAACUGGCCGGUGUGGCUGGGUGUGCACGAUCGGCGCGCCGAGGGCCUCUACCUCUUCGAGAACGGCCAGCGUGUGUCCUUCUUUGCCUGGCACCGCGCGCCCAGCCCCGAGCCCCGCGCAGGGCCCAGCGCCGCGCCGCACCCACUCAGCCCCAAUCAGCCCAACGGCGGCGCGCUGGAGAACUGCGUGGCCCAGGCAUCGGACGACGGCUCCUGGUGGGACCACGAGUGCGAGCGGCGCUUGUACUAUGUCUGCGAGUUCCCCUUUUAGCGGGGCCGGUCCCCCGCCUCUCCACUCCAUCCCAUCACCUCCUUUUGCCUGGGUGGUGCACCCUGCAAAGCCGCCCUUCCCUCCGUGCCCACAGGUGGAAGGGUGUUCCCCCUGGCUGGCCCAUCCCGGGUUGGGGGGGCUCCUGCGGGGCCAGGACCCCUUCCUUGCCUGUCUUUCCCGGAAGCGAUGAGCACCGGCCUAGGUCCGGCGCCAUUAAAGCCUUGUGGAAUCUGG